AUGGUGCCUGGUCUAAUCUAUGAAAAUCCACUUGAGUAUAUUUACACACUAUUAUUGGAUAUUCUUGUGUGUACUGUCAAAUCGUUCUAUUUCCUAUUGGAAACAAUAUUUUUGACGCUGUUGCCUGAUCGACUAAGAAAUAAGAAGGACGUUACAGGACAAGUUGUUCUUAUAACUGGAGGUGGUGGUGGAGUUGGACGACAUAUUGCAUUGAACUUUGCCAAACUUAAUGCAAAGAUUGUCAUUUGGGAUGUGAAUCGAGAAGCAAUUAACGCAACAUGUGAUGCCCUGAAAACGGAAGGCUAUGAAUGUGCUUCUUAUAUCGUUGAUAUCUCUGACAGGGAAAAGGUUUAUGAAGCUGCCAAAAAAGUUAAAGAGGAAAUUGGAAAGGUCGAUAUUUUGGUCAACAACGCUGGUAUUGUAACAUGCCGUCCAUUUUUGGAUCUUCCAGACAAAGCAAUUGAGUCAACAUAUGCCGUUAAUAUACUCUCACAUUAUUGGACCGCAAAAGCAUUUCUUCCUGACAUGAUUGCCGAUAAGCGUGGACAUAUCGUUACAGUAAGCUCCGUAACCGGAUUAAUGGGAACAUACGCAUGCACAGACUAUUCGGCGACAAAAUUUGCGACUGUGGGUUUUCAUGAGAGCUUGUACAGUGAAUUGAAGUAUCAUGGACAUGAGUAUAUUGGAAUGACUCUUGUGUGUCCUUAUUAUAUCAAUACAGGAAUGUUUUCUGGAGUGAAGCCACGAUUAUUUCCAAUGCUCGAAGCAAAAUAUGUUGCAGACCAACUUGUAGAAUCAACGUUGAAGAAUGAAGUAAAUUGUACAUUACCUGGUUCAGUGCGGUUUCUGCUUCCGCUUAAAUGCCUCUUACCAGCAAAGACAUGCUGGGAAAUGAUGCUGCGAAUAAUGAAGGGACCACAAUCAAUGUCGAUGUACAGAGGACGUGGUAAAGCCAAGUCUGGAUGA